GGUGUCCUCCUGGAGGAACUGGAAGAGGUGGCCGGGGACUGGGAAGUCUGGACUCCCCUGCUGAGACUGCUGCUCCCGCGACCCGGAUAAGCGGAGGAAAAUGGAUGGAUGGAUAGAUGGACAUUUAAGUGUGACAAACUUGCAAAAAAAUAAGAAAUCAUAUAUAUUCAUACAAUAAAAUUACUUAACAUUGGUUUCAAGUUUUAAAAAAACAAACUAAUUUUUAAGGUGUGGCGGCUUUUAUUUUGUCAUGCUUCCUCCACGGUCAAUUACAUGUAGCCUAAACCCUGAAAUUAUAUAACGGAUAAAAACUACAUCUAUUUGGCCAUUUGUUUGCAUGCCAAUUGCAUUUUUUGGCACCUGACAACAGGUGUCUAGGUAUUUUUAAAAAUGACACCAUUGCCGCUUAUAUACACACAACCAAAACAACAAUGGUGGAUCACUAAACAGUAGUUGCUAUGUUUACGAUACCGCUCCAUCAAUGCCUAGACACAAGAGUUUCUUUACAAGUCACAUUGACAACUACUGGCCUGGCAUGGAUAUUACAUUUUAUACAUUUUCAUAUAACAUUCUCCAGUAAAUUUUAAGGAUUUCUGACACUCAGUCAGUGAAACAUCUUUACCAGGAUGCUGACAAGUGAAGGUAUGCGGACACCGUCGAUAAAACAUGACUGAUUCGCGUGUCACCGCAUUCACAUACAGUAAGAUAAACUUUAUUUAUCUGACAUUGGAGAAUUUUCAGUUUCACAUGUGCAAAACAAGUGUGAUUAGUGACACCUGACAUCCACCCUGCUACCAACACAUGCUGUCCAACACCACUGGAGUGCCAACCCAAGCACAGCUGCGGGCGACCCAAGCAUGGUUGUGCACCCCCCCCUGCCAUCGGGUGCCCUAAAUGCUUUUUUUCUUUUCCCAGCAGUUUCUGCACCUAUUUUGGAUUCUAAACCAGGCCAGCAGGCAGAGCAUCUCAUCUCACUUUUACAGUUUCUGUCACACACACACAAGCACACACAUUCAGAUACACACCUACAGUAUACGAGUUUGUUCAUCUGCAUCACACAACCCUCCCUCCAUGAUUUAAUGCUUAUAUUUUUCAGAUCCAUUGUCUGGGAUUUUACAUGGUGGCAAACAACAUAACCGGUCGGGUUAUUUUUAGCCUGUAAAAAGAUGGUCAGGAGCGAUGGCGCGGGCUUCCUCCCCCGCCUAUGCAAUGAUGACGUCGGCCUGUUACGCAAAAUCAGGGGUUCACCUUUUUUUGUUAAGUUGACCUACAGUGUAGCUGUACAACUAAAACGGGUGCAGACGGUAAAAAAAAACAAAUAGAAAAUGAAAAAUGAAAAACAGUUUGGACGCACCCAGCGUGGUGUGAGGUUAGCGGGUAUGUCAACCAGACCCAGCCGGGGUCGCAGCCCCUUGUUGCGACUUUCACAUUCGCGACUACACACGGAGGCAGCAACAAAAAUCAAGAAUUACAUUGGAUUUAUAUAACAGAGAAGUCGUUACUUAACUAUUUGUAGAGGUGCUGCAGACACAAGUCGAGACAUUCCCCCUCCACCUCGUCCUCACACACCAGGUCCGUCAAGGGGCGCGCGGGCAGCGGGGCGCUCUCCUGCAGAGGCGGGCUCAUCUCCCGGAGAAAGAGCUCCAGGAACCGUCGGAAGUUUUUCUCCUCUGCUGCAGAGCUGGCCAUCCUUGCUCAUUCCUGGACACAACACACUCACGGUCACUCACAGCUCCGCCGUCAGUAAGCGAACUCGGCGCUGGUGGCUGGCUGUGUGCGGGAAGACUCGGUGCAAGCUGACCGAACUCGACGGUGGACUUUGGGAGGGAGCUACCGACCUAGCUAGCUAGUAGUACCCGAGUCUGCCCGGUGGAAGGGGGUGGGGAAGCGUGACCGUCAACUACCGGCGUGUCUCGAAGCGGCAGACCGAAGAGACAAGGGGAGGCACUACCGAAAUAAACCGUCUCGAAUUCGACUGCUUCCCAUUCACCGCGGAGUGAAAGCAAGUGCCGCGUUAUCAGGGAUUUCGUCUAUUCGGGAGGCGUAUACGUCACUGGUGACGUUGACGUCGGGGACGUGAACGCGCACGCACUGCUGCAACUCUUUAAAAGAAAUCUAUGAACACAUCAAAAUAUUACAAUGAAUGAACUUAAGGUUGAAUGUUUUAAACAUUAAUAGCUUAAAGCGUUUGUUCUAAAAAAAAUCGUAAAGAAGUACAUGGGGCGGAACCGUCUGUUGUAUCCAGUCGAACAUUUUACUUCGAAAACCCGGAAGUACAGCUGGUGCGUCGCUAUUUUGAUUCCCCACUCAUUUUGUGUCCAAAAUGAAGGAAGCCAACAUGGCUAUGACGACUGUGAGCAUGGAGUCGCUUCUGCGACUGUUGGAGGACGCCGAGCACCGGGACGACGGGUUGUGUGUGGUGGGGAUCUUCGGGAAAAGCAACAUGCAGGUCGGCGCUCUUAAGGAGUCUCUCGUUAACAACCUGGCGGACAAGCACAUCUUCUCGGUGUUCGGCGGACCGGAUGAUGGCUGCGACACGGCGGACAGUAGCAUUCAGGCUUUCCACAACCAAGACAACCGGGUGUUGUACCUGCUACUGUCUUCAGUGUGCGACAGCCGCCAGCUGCUGCGGGCUUGCCAGUCCCUGAGUGCGGGGGCUGGCCACGCCGACUCCCACGACUUCUGGAAGGGCCUGGACAGGCAGCACUGCCUCCACCUGCUCUACAUGUUCUCGGUGUGCCACGUCCUCCUGCUCGUCCACCCGAACCACACGUUCGAUGUCACCUACGACCGGCUCUUCCGAGCUUUGGACGCCCUGCGGCAGAAAGUGUUGCCUCUUAUCCGAGUGGCCAUCAAGGACUGUUCGGUGUCCAAAGAGUGGAAGGUGAACUGUCGACCGUGCCCUCCAAGACUGCUCUUCGUCUUCCAGAUGAACGGAACUCUCAAGGUGUCAAACGGUUCUGAGUUGGGCUCUCACCCUGACAAGCCCAAGAAGCACUCCCCAAGGAGGCGCCUGCAGCAUGCCCUGGAAGAUCAAAUCUACCGCAUCUUCCGCAAAAGCCGAGUCCUGACCAACCAGAGCAGCAACUGCCUGUUCACCGUGCCGGCCAACCAGGCGUUCGUUUACGUGGUGCCGACGUCCGAUGAGGAUCCCGUGGGCUCCCUGCUGGGCCAGCUGCGCUCCAACUGCAUCCGGUGUGAGCAGGACUCAGGCACGCUAGUGCUGGGACCCAGGCGGUACCAGCAGAUGCGGCGCUCAGCCCGGCAAGCCAGCUCUGGAGUGGAUGCGUUUGGAGCGUCGGCGGGCUGUCAGCUGGUGGACUGCAGCUUGAAGGAGUUUCUGUGGCAGCACGUGGAGCUGGUGCUGACCAAGAAAGGUUUUGACGACAGUGUCGGACGCAACCCUCAGCCAUCACACUUUGAGCUGCCAACCUACUCCAAGUGGGCCCAGGUUGCCUUGAGACUCCACCAAGUCCUUGUGAGUGGCGCCGAGGAGGACGUUGCCGAGUUGGCAACCAAAGUGCAGAGCCAGCUGAAGGUGCUGGACGCUUUCCUCGACGCAGACACAAAGUUCUCAGAGAGCCGGUGCCAGAAGGCGUUGCCUCUGGCCCACAGCGCCUACCAGUCCAACCUUCCCCACAACUACACCACUACUGUUCACAAAAACCAGCUGGCACAGGCGCUGCGGGUGUACAGCCAGCACGCUCGUGGCGUGGCAUUCCAGCGCUACGCUUUACAGCUUCACGAGGACUGCUACAAGUUCUGGAGCAAUGGACACCAACUGUGCGAGGAGCGGAGCCUUUCCGACCAACACUGCGUUCACAAGUUCCACCUUCUGCCGCAGCCAGGAGAGAAGACAGACGUGGAUCACAACCCGCCCAUUCUGAACCACAACAGCAGGGGGCGCUGUACAAGCUCUUGUAACUGUGGAAGGAAGCAGGCUCCACGUGAAGAUCCAUUUGACAUUCAAACAGCAAAUUAUGACUUUUACCAGUUGCUGGAGGACAAAUGCUGCGGUAAGCUGGAGAGGAUCGACUUCCCCAUCUUCCAGCCAAGUACUCCCGACCCGGCCCCAGCCAGUAACCGGGGCCAGCGCCCUCCUUGCGAGGCCUCAGCAUCAGGUGAUGUAGACAGACUGAAGGAGUCGAGCACCGCCCAGAGCCACACUCCUGGAGACACCAGCCUGAGCCUGGCCCUCAGUCUGGGCCAGUCGACUGACAGCCUGGGGCCUUACGGCGACGGGGACACAGCUGAAAGCCAAGUCCAGCAGAAGCGUCCGAGCCUUGCGGACCGCCAGCCCUCCACUGUGGAGUACCUCCCUGGUAUGAUGCACUCGGGCUGCCCUAAGGGCCUGCUGCCCAAGUUCUCCAGCUGGUCCCUGGUCAAACUAGGCCCAGCCAAGUCGUACAACUGCCACACAGGUUUGGAACAACCAGGUUUCCUCCCCGGCUCUUCCUUCCUCCUACCGUGGGACUUGGUGAUACGCUCUCGCUCGGAGGAGGAAGUCGGACUGGAGGCUUUGGACGGGGGUGCCGCCUCAUGGCCGGCCCCCAAUAAGACCCUUGUGAGCAAACGAGGGAGCGCCGGGGGUCUCGGGAGGGGUCGCAGGAGGGACGAUACGGCGCGGGCCUUCGUGGGGUUCGAGUACGAAGACGGCAGGGGAAGACGCUUCAUCAGCUCCAGUCCUGAUAAAAUCGUGAAGGUGCUGGGCCCAGGCGGCGCCAAAGACCCUGCGAGCAGGGUGUUGAACACCGACAUGCCGCUGUACAUCCCGUCACCCUCCCAGGGCCGCGGCCUGAAGCCCCACUUUGCUCAGCUGAUCCGCCUUUUUAUUGUGGUGCCCGACGCGCCGCUCGAAGUUACCCUCAAUCCUCAGGUCCAGCCCGGUCCGCCCCCAUGCCCGCUUUUCCAUCCUGAGCAGGCGGAUUUGGUGUUGCCACCUGACAGCUUCUGGGUGCUGCGCUUCCCUUUUGCCUACGCCACCGAGCUCGGACCCUGUUACCCCCCCAAGGAGAACCAGCCCCUCAACAACUACAAAGUGCUGCGAGGGAUCCUCAGAGCCACUACAGCCAGCCCUCAGUGAACCCCAACAACGACCCCCACUUCCCGGACUAAACCCUCUCAUAAUGUUUGUGUGUGUAUCACUUUGAAAAACAACAAUGUAGUCAAUCAUGAUUUCUAGUCUACGUAAAGUCUUGAUUCUGAUGACUUAAACUAGCAUCCAUCCAUCCAUCCAUCCAUUUUCUAGGCCGCUUAUCCUCAUUAGGGUCACGGGGGUAUGCUGGAGCCUAUCCAGCUGACUUCGGGCGAGAGGCAUGGUACACCCUGGACUGAUCGCCAGCCAGUCGCAGACUUAAACUUGCAUUAAUCACUUUUCUAUACUGAUGAUCCUCAAGCAUGAAUUAUGUUACCGUGUUGAGGCGCCAGCGUACGUUACGCCGGCUUACUCCUCCCCUUCAAACCCUCUUCCAUAGUUUGACUGCAAGCUAAUAAAUUUUACAUGGGUGCCAUUGGUGCUCACCAAGUUUAUGAGUUUUCCGUACUGAUAAUCCUCAAGCCUGAAUUAUGUGACCGUGUUGAGGCGCCAGCGUUCAAACCCUCUUGCAUAGCUUGACUGCAAGCUAAUAAAAAGUAGAUGAGUGCCAUGGGUGCUCACAGAGUUGACUGUUUGGAAACACUGCCCCCUAGAGCUUUGGUAGAGAAAUGCCCAUCACAUGGAGGGGUCCUAAAUUAGCGCCAUCUACAUGGAACCCCAAGACGAUGACAACAGUUGUCCCUCGUUUAUCGCAGUUAAUUGGUUCCAGAGCUGACCAAGCAAAGUACUAUUAUUAUAGUAUAUAGUAUUAAUAAAUGAAAUAUUUUCAUAGUUAACCUGUUUAGGUCUCUCAAUAAGGUUUUUACUAUUAUUAGAGUCCUGUAGACAUGAAAUAACACCCCUAUAGUCACCUUUACACAACAUUGCUAAUGGCAAUGUUGUGUAAAGGUGAUGCAGGCUACAGAUCACUGCAGGGACACGAGAGACGGCUGCUGCUUUAAGCAUAGCAAGCUACCGAGGUCACUAGUUAGCUUCCAAUUUAUUUAUUCUGAACUUAAGAAAAGGUUUCAAAUGGAGUGGGGAAGGACAAAGUAAGAAGCCAAACAUUUACCACUUCCACACAGAAUGGGAGGAGAACUUGUUUUCGGUAUGUCAUUUUGGACAUGCCAUAGUUGACUCUAUGCCAGGGGUCACCAACGUUUUUUCUUGCGAGAGCUACUUUUAGAAAAUGAAAAUGGCCACGAGCUACUCAUUUUUGUAGAAAUGAUUUUCAUACCUUAUUUCAACCCAAACAGAUCAAAUAUGCUUGUUUUACCAAAACAUUCACAAAAUGCUGGUAUCCACAACUCACAUUUUAUGUUUCAGAAUACUUUUCUUUCUAGUGUUCUCACAUUAUUAACUGAAAACCUGAAUGAAAAGCAGGCUUGCGGGCACCUCAUGUGGUCGUGGGGGGCUACCUGGUGCCCGCGGGCACCACGUUGGUGACCCCUGCUCUAUGCAGUGUUGAGGUACUGCAAUGGAAGGUGAUGUCUCAUCAGUGGACCAUGACUUGACCAGAAUACUACAUGACUUGUCUUUCAAUAUUUUUGUGACCAAUAAUAGACCAUAGUCAACCACAAAACAGCGAUCAUUUAUUAAUUAAUUUUUUUAAAAACCCAAACCGCAAAGCACCAAGGGUUGACUGUAUUAGGAAAUGUGAACAGAGCUUGGAAAGUAUAUUAAAAGUAUUGUGCAAACGUCUUAGGCCACCACCACUUUUUCAAAGCAAUCAUUUUGACAUUUUGGUGACUGUCUAAAUAAAAGGUCCAAAUUAUUUUUUUGAUGCACUAUUUAUGAUUGGCGUCAAUGAACCCAAAUGUAGCCAAGAUGUAAUA